AUCUUUGACUAUGGUGGAGCUGUGUUUCAUUUCCGUAAAGCCUUUCUCUUGGUUUCGCGCCAUAGUUGUCUGACGUCGUUGAGGUGUAUUUGAAUUGUGUAGUUAAUUGGGGCUUAUUUGUUUAUCUCACUGCUUCAACAUGACUACUGAAACAGGUAUUGUUACGGACGGGACACAAUUGGGACAGGACGGCAAAGAUAUCAGAACCUCCAGCACACCUCCAAAAACAAAGAUCUUUGUUGGUCGAUUGCCUGAAGAAGCCAAUCCCAUGGAGCUACGACGACUGUUUGAACAGUAUGGAGUGGUUACAGAGUGUGAUAUUCUCAACCGUUAUGGAUUUGUUCACAUGAAGACAGAAGACAUGGCCACCCGUGCAAUAGCAGAAUUGAACAAUGCAGAAUUCAUGGGUGUCCCAAUCAGUGUAGAGCAAUCGACGGGGAAGAGGAGUGGUCGUGGAGGUAUGGGUGGUGUCAGGGGAAGCUUUGGCGGACCGAUGCGCGGGCGCGGACUGAUGAGAGGCAUGAUGAGAGGUCACCCGUACAUGCGGGACGGCAGGCCAGACUACGACAGACGCCCCGGCAUGCCGCCGCCUCCCAUGAGGAAUGGUUACUAUGACAGCUACGACCGUGGCUAUGACAGCUACUACUCACCACGGCCCAUGCCACCGAUACCCAGGGAAAGGUGGUCUGACGUUGCGUUAUUUAGGGAACUGCCCUCCUUCAGGGAGCCAGAAAGGCGCUCUGCCUACCCAGACAUGAUGCGUGGCUCCCCUUACGAGCGACGCAGUCCGUAUGACAGACCGUCCCUCCCUCCCGUAGGCGCGUUUGAGCGACGUAGUGACUAUGGUGCUGUGAGGAUGGCUUCAGACAUGUACCGCAGGAGGACUCCGCCUCCCGCUUCCAGCUACAGCCCUUAUGACAGGGACAUUGAUCCUUACGGACCACCAGCUCGGCGCUAUCCUGCACCGUCGCCACUCGAACGUGACUUGCCGCCGCCCCGCAGAUUCUAAGGCGUCUUCAGAAAGUCGUGAAGUUGCGCGACACGACGUUGCGGAAAUGCGGCGUUGUCAAGGCGUCAGCGUACAAAUUGAGAUGUGCGGAGAUGACUGCUUUUCUUUGCUUCUCCACUCAUAGCUCGUCAAUUCUUCAUAAGUUAAACUAGAUCAGUCUUUUAGUUUUUCAAUUCCGAAGAUGUGUAGAAAUUCGUAUUCAUUCAUAAGUGCCGUAGUUCAGUGUUAGUGAAAGGAAUUCCUUCUCUUAGCUAUGACAUGUAGCUAUAGCGUGUGGACUGAACAAUAUUGCUAUGUGCGGACGUGACUAAAAUUGUCAAUUUUUGGGUCGUUUACAAUUUUCGAUUUUCAUUUAAUGUUUAUUACAUUAUUCUAAUUAAACUGAACUGUGUAAAGUGUCAGGCAUUGUGCGUAUUUUAAUACACGGAGUCAAUGUAGUUAAUCCAGUUCAUCUGGGUACAGUAUUUAUAUUUUUUAGUUGCUCUUUCUGUAUUUUGCUUUUGUUUUACAAAACAAAGCUCUCUAAACGUCCAUUUUAUUGUUUAUGGUUGUAUGUCAUAGUGCUUAGGACGAAAACACGUGUCGGAUGAGGAAUUACUUGUCGUUAUGUGAAGUUUACUUUGUAAUUUUUUAGUCGAUAUGAGUGGAGUAAAGACAUUAAACAUUUUAAAUAUUAACUCCAUAUAAUUACAUGUACCUCAGCAUUUGUUUGAUGUAAUUGUAAGUUUUAAAAAUCAAUAUUAAAGUAAUACAAUACUCAUGUCUACGUUUUUGUGUUUUUCAUCCACCGUUUUGCCAUUACUAAUUGGAUUCUGCAUAAUUUGAUCUUUUUUCCCCAAUUUUAAUACAUUAUUUAAAAAUUUUGGUGCAUUGAUUUUAUGAUCUAUUUUUGUUUCUCUUGUACAAACUUCACUUUAACUAAGUUUAUCAUGGAUUUUAAAUAAUAACAAAUUAGCUUUAAUGAACAGCUAAAAUAAAUUGCACUAAAAUUAUAUUUUGUCAAGUUUUCGAUUGCAUUUCGAAAUACAAUAGCGAUAAUAUUUACUGCAUAAAUACAAAUCAGAAAAGUUCAUAUUUUCCGUGCGUAAAUUCUGAGAAUUAUGUUUUGUUUGUGCUGUGAGAUUAUUUCGUAGGUUUAAAAGACUGAAAGUAGAAAAUGCGUGAGCAGCUAUCGCCCUGUAACAAGUAACGUAGGGGCGUAACUUCAGAAGGUGACAACGACUGCGAUGCUAUGCGAUGAUUGCGUCUCCCAGUGGAUGAAGGCUUGCUCCUGUGAUUUGCGAAGAUUGAUGAUGGCUUGGGACCACAACAUUACUUGAAGUGCAAGUUUUGUUUUAUCAACUUGGAUUUCGUCUCGUAAUUUCUGGUCAGGAAGAGUUGCUGUUUUGGGCUGCUGCUACCCGAAGUUAAAAGCAGCGCUGUUGUGUCACUGUACUGUUCCAUUAUUAAAUAUUUUUAAUUGUUA